AUGGUCAGUCAAACACUUUAUGAAAAAUAUACAUUCUUACCACUUCCUACUGUUCACAAUGUGAGUUAUAUUCAGCUAGAAUUUUAAAUUAUUAAAUAAUAUAAGAUAAGUAUUUCAGUGUCACUCUGCUCUGACUGCAUCAUGUUCGGAUCUCAUCGAUACUGUUCUUGCACUUCAUUCCAAUCCAGGGGUUAGUUUAUUUUAAUUUUUGUCAUUCCAAAAGUGCAAUAAUAAUAUUCAUUGGGAAUUGAGUGGAAAACUUUUUUCUAGGGAAUUUUUUUUGGAGAAAAAAAAAGUUGUAUGAUUUUCAAGCUCGUAUUUUUCUAGUUAAAAAUUUUCUAAAGUAUUCUCGAAAUGGGCCCAGGCGACCAUAUUUUCAAUAGGAAUCGGGCCACAGGAAUUUCAGAAGCUCCAACUCCUUGGCUCCGAAAAUUGCAUAACCCCGAUUUUUUUUCAAAAAAAAAAACACAAAAUCAAACAGGUGUUCUCGUGUGGGUCCUCCCGAAUAUGUAUCAUGUUUCAUUGAUUUUUAUCCCCCGUGUGUGGGUGUUUUCGAGUCACUUUUUCAUUUUUUUUAGGUUGUCAAAUGCUCUUUUUUUUCUAAAAUUCAAUCAUAUAAUUUUUUUUAUGGAAGAUGGUUUUUUAUGGGGAAACGGAGGAGGAGGUGUCAGAUUUUUUUUCACAUUUUAUGUUUUUUUCCUAUUUUGUACUAAAAAUUAUUUUGCUGUGAAUUGAACAACAAUAAAGAAUCCAUUUCCAAACGCGAAAAAAAUCAAUGAAAAUUCGUAUUUUUUUUGCGAUUACACUUUGAUAAGAACAAUAUUUUUCCGUGUUGUGUGUGUGUUAAUAGUCAAAAUCGAUAUUGAGAAAAGAAAAUGUCUCCUGAUUUUUUGAAAUGCUGGAUUUGUUCAAGAAAAAAUAGGAGAAAUCAAAGUGAUGCGGUGAGCCAACAAAAAUUUUUUUUGAGUGAUUGUCUGUGUUUUUUUUUGUGAUAAUGUAAUACUCUCUAUUUUCUUAUCAGAGAUUUUGAGAAUGUAAAAAUGAGAUAAAAUUAAAAUUGAAUUUCUGAAAAUAAAUUGAAAUUUUCACGUGAACUUGGAUUUUAUUCUACGUGGCUUUUGGAUUUUAAUUUCUAAAAAAUUGCAAAAAUUUCCAGAGUUCACGUGAAAAAUUAUAACUUUUCAAAUUUUUCACAACGUGUCCUCAAAUCUGUGAGUCUAAAUAGAUUCUAGCGUUUUUUUCAAAUUUUCCAACCAAAAAAUAAUUUUUGUCGAGGUCAUGUUGAGUUCAUUCAACCACCAAUCUUUCUUCCUAGAAAAAAUUCGUCAAUUAAUUUUUCUGCUGUUUCCACACGAUUACCUUUUCAUUAUAAAUGAAAAGUCUUCGAUUGUUUUUUUGGAGGAAGAAAGAGCAGUCCAAUAAUUCUCUAGCAACCUAAUCGACCCUGAUUGGCGACACAAAGUUCCAUUAACCAAUUAGCACCAACAAAAAUCGAGCAACUAUUUUUCUUCCUCAUUUUUCUGUGUAGAAUCAUUCAACUAACUAAACUGCAAAAAAUGUCACUAGGAGCAUUCAAUAAAAUGAGUACUGUUGUGAGUUUUUUAUAACUAACCGGUUUUUUGAAUAAAUUUCAUCGUGUUAUUCUCUCCUUUCUGCCUCUCAAAAUGUAUUUUUGAGAACGAAUAUUCUGUAUUUUUUAUUUUUCAAAUCGAAAAUGAUAUUUCCAAUUGGGUUUCCUUCAGUUUUAAAAAUCCGUAAAGUCAAGGAAAGUUUUUCAAAAAAUGAAAAGAAUUCUGUAAUUAAUUAUAUUCAAGUAAUUGUUUUCAGAGUGCUCAAGAGGCUGUUUCCCUACGAGAAGCUGCCGAAAGAAGAUCGCAAUUCGCCAGAUUUCCAGCUCGUUCAGUGUCAGCGCCGCCACGAAAAAAGUGGUUCAGAUCGAAGCAAAAUAUAUCAGGUUUAUCUUUUUGAAUUUUUUUUUUUGAGAUUUAAACGAAGGUUAGGGUGAAUUCUGAAAUAAAUUCAAAAUUUUUUUCAGGAACAGAUGGCAUGGAAAGUCGAAGUGGAUCCCAAGAAGUUGUUUGCGAUGAGUUUACAAAAAAAUUGGUGGCAGCUAUUACAACUUGGCACGAUAUUCAUUCGUCGCUUUUGAGAUUGUCGUUAGGUAAGUCGGAAUUUUUUUCAAAUUAUUUUCCGGAACUUUUGAACACUCGGAAAAAAUUUUUAUCCACCCCAGAGUAAAAUUUUCCAAAAAUUUGGCAAAUUCUGAUUUUCAAUUUCCGAAAAAUCAUAUUUUUUCCUGUGCUUCUGCAAUUUUUUCUGCUUUGUAUGUACUUUGGUGAUCAAGGAUUUGAGGAAGUAAAAUUUUGGAAUUCCAAAUUCAAAUCCCGAAAAAUUCCGAAUUCCCGCACAUCACUUGAUCAUUGAUCUGAAUAAAAAUGUUCUCAGAACAAAAUUAACUGCAAAAUUAUUACCCCACAAGUUUUCCUUUUUUACUUCUCCUUUUUUUGCUUGGUUUCAUCUCUUUCUUCCAAUAAAAGUUGACCUCAUUUUCAAUGCGCAUUUUUAUAUUAUGAAAAAGAAAGAGAUGUUGAAAAUGAGCAAAGAAGGAAAAGUACAUGAACAUUAGCUAAUUAAAUAACACAAGAUUUUUAUAUGUUUUUUCAUGUGAAUAUUUCAUAUGAGUGAAUCAUUGAAAAGUUUUUUGGAAAAUUGGAAAAAAAAGUUUCAGAUCGAUCAUCAGAAGAAGACAAUUAUAAUGCAUCUUCUUCAAGUUAUUCGAGUGAUUCGGAAGACGACGAUGAUGAUAAAAAUGGUAGAGGUUUUGGCGCGGAACGGGAAAAAAUGGUUUUGAAAGGUUCAGAAUUCGAAAAAGUUCAGAAGUUCAAGUUCUAAUAAAUUUCAAAGCUCCCUUUUUCCCGCUCCAAGCUGGAAAUGCAAACUCGUACAAAAAAUAUUGUUUUUAGAGCCAACUGCAAAUCGAUUAUCAGUGUCAUCUGCUCGUUUUUCAAUUUCGAAUCCAGAUCUGACAAAUUGUCAAAUCAAACAAAUGUUUCCCGAAAUGGCGGAUCAUUGGAGGUAAUCAACAAAAAAACUUUUGCCCUUUUCUCGUCUCUCUCAUCACCGGAAAUUUCGAUGUUCCGGAGAGGCAAAAAAGGGAUUAAAUCUUCUGAAGAGAAAGACGCAGAGCUGAAAAAAAGAGAAAGAUUAGAUUAACACACCUGAUACAUUCGAAUAGAUUAGAUUAAGUUUUCUUGUAGUGCUUGCUUUUUUUUCUUUCUCGAUUUGUUUCGCGCGGCUGAAACAAAACGAUGGAGCACAAGAAAAAAGGAGCAAUGCAUAAAAAAUGAUUGGGUGUGUUAAUGGCGGCGUGUGCAGGGAAAAAACGGAGAAAAAUUGGUUUUUUGUUUUGUUUUGCAGUCGAAAAAGUAAUUGGAGGACAAGCUAAAAAUUAGGAAAAGUUUGGAAAAAAAAAGUGGUUAUAACUCUUAAAAUUCGGAAAGAGAAGAAGACAAAAAACUUUGGCAAUCCAAAGAGUAACUUUUUUGAAAAUCGAAGUGUGUACAGCUUGCUGAAAAUAUAGUUAUGACGUGGCAAAGCUUGCUGAAAUAAUUUUCAGAAGUUUAAAUUUUAUGGAUCAAUUUUUUUAAACUUUAGAAUUCCGAAAUAAUUUUACAAUGCGGAAAUUUUUUGGAUCAAAUUUUCAGAAAUAAUUUCUGAUCACCUAGAAGAAUUUGGGUGUUUUUGACUUCGGAAGCAAAACUUGCUGAAAUAAUUUUUGAGAACUUCAAAUGUUUUUGAUAAAUUUUCAGAACUUUGAAUUUCAUGAUCAAUUUUUUUAGAAUUCAUUUAGAAUUCCGAAAUAAUUUUAGAACAUUUUUUGGAUAAAUUUUUCAGAAUUUCCCAAUUGUGAGAAUUAUGUAAAUCAAGUUGUCUCGCUCGCAUAAUUUUAAAAGUUUGACCAUCUCUCGAAUUCAAAAGUUCAAAACAAGACAAAAAAUCAUUAUCUAGAACGGGAACAAAAAUCGAGGGGCGGGGCGGAGUCAAUAGUCGAGUUUCUUCGCCUUCUUUUCUCGUUUUCCUUCAUUGCUUUUCUUCAGCUCGUUGACAACGGGGAUUAAAGCGAAUAGGUGUCUUUUUCUCUGUGUCACCACCACAUAUUCAUCCAUCGUGAUGUCCUUCUUUAAAAAAAUAAUAUAUAUUAUAUGAAAAAAUCAUAAUCCUACUACUUCUUCUUCUCAUCUCUCCCAUCUAUUCUCGACUUGUUUUAUAUGUCUAUAAUUAAUUGAAUUCUCCAACUCCCCUUCAAAAAUGUACAGUUUACGUCGGAAAUCGGCGCAUGAUGAGGAGAACUAUUCCCCGCAACCCUCACCGCAACAAAAUAAAAAGUUGCAUCGGAAAAAGAAGAAAUCAAUUCAGGAGGCACAAAGUAAUCCGAUUUUUGUGAUAGGUCCACCGGUUGGUGGAGAAGUCGCAAAAAAACGAGCGAAAAAGAAAUGGAGGGGUGAGAAUGCGGCGAGAAAGUUGAGCGAAGCAUUGCCGGCGGCACUUCGAAGUCCAACACAAAUUCUCAGAAGGACUAAAAAACCACUUGGUCCAAGUUUAAGUUGGGAUCCCGAACAUCGAAGCAGAUCGGCAUCGUCGACAACAACUAGAAGUCGUGUGCAUUCGGAUGGAAGUAGUGAGAAAGGAGCGGAUGAAGAGCAAGGGGAUUGUGCUGGAAUUGUUGAAGAACCACGAUUUGAGCUUGAAGUUACGUGUAUACAUUGUGCAAUGGCAGCAGAAUAUCGGAGAAGAAUGUUAAAGGUUAGUUCAGAUGAGGGGGAGGGGAUGUGAUAUAAAUUAUUGAUUAGAGAAUUUUUUUUUGAAUCGUUUAAAAAAUUGAUGAGGUGGAAUUGGAAUUGAGUCUGGAUAUGUUAGUUCUGUUUUUGUCUAAAGGUUACUGUAGAUAUGGAAUUUAUUAAAACUGUAUUGCAUUUUUUUUUAAUUGAGUCAUUUCAAAUUGAUGAAUUUCGAAUUCAAAUCUCUGUCGGUGUUUUGUAGAAUUUCAUAAUUGUUUUAAUUCAGAUUUCAAAUUUUUUCUAGAUAACUUGUAGCAAUUUCAGCUCCUAUAUGAUAAUUCAGAAUUUUCUAAAAUUAAAAGUACACUCUUUUUCACACUCUAAUAAUAAUCAACCCAUUAAUUUUCUGUUCACAUCAAUGAAUUUUCUUCAAAAAAAAAAGUUCAAUCCAUUAGAAAUCUAAAAAUAGACUAGAAUUGUUAAAAAUGCAAACCUUUUUCGGAAACUGAAAACUAGAAAUUGAAUUCGAAAUAGAUUAGAGCAAAUUUCCGGAAUCGUGCAGGUUCCAAAGUCUAUUUUUAGCCAGAAAAUAUGGAAUCUAAAAUAAAUAUAGUUUUUUAGUUUUCAACCAAAAAGGUCGAGUUCCUUCAAAAACAAGCUCGUUUUGUUUUAUUCGAUACUUUACUUUCAACUCACCCCAAAUAUUUUAGUUUGUCUUUUUUUUCUCAGUUUUUUUGUGGUGCAGAGUGCACAUAUAUUUUUGUCAUAAAAAUAAACAUAAAUACCUGCUGCUGCUGCUGUGAAUUCGUUUCCACCUCAUCAAAUUUUCGCAAACACACACACAUGAACAAAAAAAAUUCGAGAUGAGCUUUUAAUCCAACUCUCUCCAUGUGUAUGUGCAAUUUUUUUCAUAAUUUCCGGAUUUUUUUUAUUAUCAAAGUUUUGAAUGUCGGAAACCCCAUAAUUUAGUUGUAUUGAUCAAGGUUUCGAAUUAAAUAUAGUGUGUAUUUCAUUUCAUUCUCAAAUUUUCUUAUGUUCCAGUCUGAAAUUGAAACUGCUGUCAUGCGACUCGCCAGGCGGCUGGGAAAUGGUCGAAGUGGCUGGAGAGAUGAUUCGUCGCCAUCGACAUCUUCCUCAAAUAAUCUGCCACAUCAUCGACAUACAAUAUCUUCACAUCAUCGAGGAACAACUCCAGAUAUUGUUGUCUCAAGUAUCAGUUCAGAUGAAGAGGAUCAUCAAAGUGUUGAUAAAUAUACGAGUUCUGAAUUUGGUAAUUCGCUUCAAACAUCUGAAGGAAGGUCAGUGAUUUUUUCUUGGAAAAUAUUUUUUUAAACUUAAAUAAUAAUUUCCUAAUUCAAAAAAAAUCUUAUAGUUCAUUUUUUUUCAAAAAAAAAAACAUCAUUUCUCAAAAUCGCCCACCUCAAUUUCUAUAAUUAUAUAGAAGAACCCAUAAUUUAAUUUCAGUUUUUAAUAGUAUUUAAGGUUACUGUACUCAUGUGAUCUUAUUUUUUUCAUUUUCCAAAACGUCAAAAUGUUUUACCCAGAUCACCGAAUUAGGCUAAAUCCAAAGUAUUUCAUCAUCCACAAAUAUUUCAUGAUAAGAUGUAAUGGAUUAGUUUAGUUAGUACACAUACAUAUUCAAUAUCAAAAUUAAUCGUAAUUCUCUUAAUUUCUCUAAUCUCUCUCUCUCUCUCUCUUCCUCUCUAACAUAUUUUUUCCAGUUCUCCUUGCUCAUCAUCUUGCACAUCUCCUCGAUUACUUCGAAAUGGAAAUGAAAUAACAUUUGAUAGUCCCAGUGGUUCAAUAGAUGUAACACCUCCCUCGCCUUCUCCACUUCGAUUACAACCUCCCUCGCUUCUUUCUCCUUAUCCCGAUUCAGCUUCUCCUCCUCGAUCAAAUUCCGUCGAUUUGUCCACGUUACGAAGAGACAUUGAAUUAUUAUCUGUUUCAUCUGGAGAUUCAGAUGGAGCUUCAGAUAAUGAUUUUGAACCUCCGACACCAGCUGAAUCUGUUAGAACGUUUAGAUCAAAAAGUCAUGAUCCGACAGCAACAGCAGAUAGUAUGCUUAGAAGACCCAGUCGAAUAGAACAUUUAUCAGAAUUGUUCAGGCAAGAAAAACAUAUACAUAAAAGUACAUUCGCGCGCAAAAAAGCAACAUUUUUUUUAUUUCCGCUGAUAACAUCAUUAUUCACAUGAUAUGAAAAAAAACAUGAUUAAUUAUUUUUUUCAGAAAAGCUUUGGCAAAAAGUCCUGUUGUUCGACGAAGUGCAGCUGAUCAAGAGAGUACAAGUACUUUGAAUAAACAUCGGAGCAGUCGAUAUUGGAUUGAAGAAGAGGUGUGGACUGCGGUUAGUAGGAUAGAGGCGUGACGGGGGAACCUGGUCUCAAGGUUCCCGACGCCUGGUAGAAAUUUGGUUUUGAAGCAGACUUACUUUAGAAGUUCAGAUAGUGAUCCAAUUUAUUUAUUUUUCAAAUCAAAAACUCUUCCAGAUUCUGGCAGGUGAACAUAUCUGGCUCCCAUCUUCUUCCGGUUCAUCAGCAUCCGCUGAUUCUGAAUGUUAUGUCGGAGAAAAAGAUUGUCGAAGACAGGGAGAAAAACGACGAUGUGCUGCAUGUCAUAUUGUUGCACACGUCGCAUGUUUUCCCCUUCUCGCCAAACUCAACCUAUGCUGCAAAACGACGUUCCGCGAUUACGCCGCUCGAAAACCGUCGUCGAAAGAAACUCAAGAUGGAUUAACAUCGCAUCAUUGGGUUCAUAAGGUAAUAUUUUCUAUUUAGAAAAAUACGGUACAGUACUUUUUUUUGCAGUGGCGUCACGAAGGAAGAUGCAAUACUUGUGGAAAAUCAUUCCAACAGAAGAUGUUUUUCCAAGGAAAAGAGAAGAAGGAAACAAUUGCAGUGGCAUGUUCUUGGUGCAAAGAAUCUUAUCAUCUCAAAAAUUGUUUUGUGAGGGAAAAGUUGGAAGAAAGGUAUGUUCGGGACCAGCGUCUGAAAAACUCUGAAACUAUCUUGAAUUCAGAUGCUGUCGUGGAAAUUUGAAAGAAAUGAUUGUUCCGCCAACUUGGAUUCUUCGAUUAGCCAACCGAAAAAGAAGUAAUCAUAGACACCGCAACAAUGGAAAACACAAAAAAGCGUCGAGACAAUUUGUUGUGAAACCCACCGAUUUGUGGAGUGCCGGUCCUUCUCAACCACUUUUGGUUUUUGUUAAUCCGAAAUCCGGGGGCAAUAAGGGGGCAAAAGCUUUGCAUACAUUAUGUUGGUUAUUAAAUCCGCGACAAGUAUUUGAUAUCACAAGUUUGAAGGGACCUAAAUUUGGUUUGGAGAUGUUUCGAAAAGUUGUGACACAAUUGCGAAUUCUUGUUUGUGGUGGAGAUGGAACUGUUGGAUGGGUUUUGUCGACAAUGGAUAAUGUAAGCUUAUAGAAGCCCAUGUGUUUUUUUAUGAAAUAAAAUCUUCCAGCUAAAUUGGCCAACUUAUCCACCAAUGGCUAUAAUGCCACUUGGAACUGGCAAUGAUUUAGCAAGAUGUAUGGGUUGGGGUGGACAAUUCACUGAUGAACCAAUGAGUCAAUUAUUACAAGCAAUUCUUCAUGAGACUACUGUAACACAUUUGGAUAGAUGGAGGAUUACUGUAGAGCCAAAUACACAUUGUAUGAUGGAAGCUGAUGAAGAUGAUAGUUUACAAUCUGCUUUGCCUUUGACUGUUAUGAAUAAUUAUUUUUCGAUUGGAGCUGAUGCACAUGUUGCUUUGCAGUUUCAUCAUUCUAGAAGUUGGUUUUUUCUUUUGAAUCGGACCAGAUUUCUAUUUAAAAAAUUUAUUGCAGGUGCCAACCCGCAGAUGUUGAAUAGUCGAUUGAAAAAUCGAAUAGCUUAUGGUGGCCUCGGAACAAUUGAUUUGUUCAAAAGAAGUUGGAAAGAUUUAUCUGAUUAUAUCAGUUUGGAAUGUGAUGGAGUUGAUGUAACUCCAAGAAUCAAAGAAUUAAAAUUACAUUGUAUUUUAUUCCACAAUAUAACCUAUUAUGCUGGUGGAACAAUUCCAUGGGGCGAAUCAUCUGACGCAAAAACAAGUUGUUGUGAUGGAAAAGUUGAAGUUCUCGGCUUCACCACAGCCACCCUAGCAGCUCUUCAAAUGGGAGGAAAAGGCGAACGAAUUGCACAAUGCUCAAGAGUACGGGUAGUAACGAGUAAAGCGAUUCCGAUGCAAGUCGAUGGUGAACCAUGUCUUCUUGCACCGUCUGUUAUAUCACUCGGGUUUCAUAGUAAGGUUCCAAUGUUGAAACGUGAGAAGAAGACGCCUUGCACACCGAAUUUGAUGAGAAGAAAUACAAGAGGACAUCGAGAUUCAUUGAUUCAAUCAACUUCGCUUAUUAUUCAAUUACCAGUUAUUGUUGUUGGAAGAGCUGAUUAUGAUACUUAUAAGGAUUGUUUUGAGCGUCUAAAGGAUACUGCUUAUGAAAUUGGAAUUGUUAAUAUUGAAUCGGAAGCUGAACUUGAUUCAGCAAGAGUUCUUAUUCAACGUUUGUUAGUUGAGCAUAAUUCACUUCCCUAUGAACCUGACAAAAAUUGGAGAUUCCUUGAUUGUUAGUUUUUCCUGUUCAAUUAAUAUAGAAUUUUAAUUUUAACUCAAAUCAAUUUUCUUCAGAUGUUUCGAAUGCCGAAGAGGGAACAUUCCGAGUAUCUCGUCAACAAGAACAAGUUCAAAGUGUCAGCGAUGUUUGCAAUACCGAUGAAUGUCUCUUGAUUCUUGAUCACGCUUUUCCUUCCAUUACUGAUCGAGAAGCUGUCGAACUUUUUCAACCAAUCAUGUUAGUUUUCUUAGAACCUUAGCUACUUCUGAAAAGGAUUAUUCUUGAAAACCAAACUUUUUAAGCACAACAACAGCUUCAACUUCAAACAACGCCAACCCGCCAACUUAUCAUAAAUCCCGUCGAAUAUCAGAAACGCUUCGAAUUGUGUUGAGUUCAGAUGCACAAGAAACACAUUUAUAG